GGGCCGGGCUGAGGGCACACGCGGCGUGCUCGCUCCCGGAAGCGGCGGUCUACUCGGAGCCGGCACGGCGCAGGAUGGCCGGGUUGUGCAGGGAAGGCUACGCUGCGUCGCGACUUCUGUCAGGGAAGCGGCGUUCUGAGCCGAAUCGCGAGGAGCAGCCACAAGAGCCCCCUCUCCUCUGUGACUCUGGUUCCAGCCUCUCUGACAGCGAGGAAAGUGUGUAUUCAGGCCUGGAAGAUUCUGGCAGUGAUAGUGAGGAAGACAAUGAAAGCGUGGAAGACAAUGAAAGUGUGGAUGUAGCUGGUUGUGAUGAGGACAGCGGUGGAACGGAGGAGACCCCUGGGGAGCAGCAACAGGCUGGUUCCUGUCAAAUGAGCAAAGAUGAGUAUGAAGAGGAGGACAGCUCUGAUGAGGAGGACAUCCGGAACACUGUGGGCAAUGUGCCCCUGGCAUGGUAUGAUGACUUCCCACAUGUGGGCUAUGAUCUGGAUGGGAAACGCAUCUACAAACCCCUGCGGACACGGGAUGAACUGGACCAGUUUCUGGACAAAAUGGAUGAUCCAGAUUACUGGCGUACAGUGCAAGACAAGAUGACAGGACAUGACCUACGGCUGACUGAUGAGCAGGUGGCCCUAGUGCAGAGGCUGCAGAAGGGCCAGUUUGGAGAUGAAAGCUUCAACCCAUAUGAGCCAGCCAUAGACUUCUUCAGUGGCAACAUCAUGAUCCAUCCUGUGACCAACCGCCCAGCUGACAAGCGCAGCUUUAUUCCAUCCUUGGUGGAGAAGGAGAAGGUGUCUCGCAUGGUACAUGCCAUUAAGAUGGGCUGGAUUCAGCCUCGAAGGCCCAGAGACACCAGCCCUAGCUUCUAUGACCUAUGGGCCCAGGAGGAUCCCAACGCCGUGCUGGGGCGCCACAAGAUGCAUGUGCCUGCACCCAAGCUGGCCCUGCCUGGCCAUUCUGAAUCCUACAACCCACCUCCUGAGUAUCUGCCCACUGAGGAGGAGCGUUUGGCAUGGAUGCAGCAGGAGCCUGGUGAGAGGAAGCUUAACUUCCUACCACGGAAGUUCCUGAGCCUGAGGGCAGUGCCUGCUUAUGGUCGCUUCAUCCAGGAGCGUUUUGAGCGCUGUCUUGAUUUGUAUCUGUGCCCACGGCAGCGCAAGAUGAGGGUGAAUGUGGAUCCUGAAGACCUCAUCCCCAAACUUCCUUUGCCAAGGGACCUACAGCCAUUCCCUGUGUGCCAGGCUUUGGUCUACAGGGGACACAGUGACCUUGUCCGCUGCCUCAGUGUCUCCCCAGGGGGCCAGUGGCUGGCUUCAGGCUCAGACGAUGGCUCACUAAGGUUCUGGGAAGUAUCCACUGCCCGCUGUAUGAGGACUGUGCCUGUGGGAGGUGUGGUACGGAGCAUUGCCUGGAACCCCAACCCUGCCAUAUGCCUAGUAGCUGCAUCCAUGGAUGAUGCAGUGCUGCUACUAAACCCAGCCUUGGGGGACCGGCUGUUGGUGGGCAGCACAGACCAACUGCUGGAUGCCUUCAUGCCACCUGAGGAGCCAACCCUGCAGCCUGCUCGCUGGCUGGAAGCCUCGGAGGAAGAACGCCAGAGGGGCCUGCGACUACGCAUCUGCCAUAGCAAGCCAGUGAUACAGGUGACCUGGCAUGGGCGAGGAGACUAUUUGGCUGUGGUGCUGGCCAGCCCAGGACACACCCAGGUACUGAUCCACCAACUGAGCAGGCGGCGCAGCCAGAGCCCAUUCCGCCGCAGCCACGGACAGGUGCAGCGUGUGGCAUUCCAUCCUACCCGGCCCUUCCUGCUUGUGGCCUCUCAGCGCAGUGUCCGAAUUUACCACCUGCUGCGCCAGGAGCUUACCAAGAAACUGAUGCCCAACUGCAAGUGGGUAUCUAGCCUGGCUGUGCACCCAGCAGGUGACAAUAUCAUCUGUGGCAGCUAUGACAGCAAACUGGUGUGGUUUGACCUAGAUCUUUCCACCAAGCCAUACAAAGUGUUGAGGCACCACAAGAAGGCCCUGCGGGCUGUGGCCUUCCACCCCAGAUACCCGCUCUUUGCAUCCGGCUCAGAUGACGGCACUGUCAUUGUCUGCCAUGGCAUGGUGUACAACGACCUGCUGCAGAAUCCACUGCUGGUACCAGUCAAGGUGCUUAAAGGGCACACACUGACCCGAGACCUGGGUGUUCUGGAUGUGGCCUUCCAUCCUACGCAGCCAUGGAUCUUCUCCUCCGGAGCAGACAGUACCAUCCGACUCUUCAGCUAGGCUGCUGCACGGCUGUGAAUGGCCUGGAGCAGGGUGGUGUGCGUAUGCAGUCUUCAAUAGAAACCUUCCUCACCCAACA